GACAACUCUGUCAGUUACUUUGCUGUUUACAAUCCAAUUGCAAUUUGUCGGGAAAUUUCAACAGACGUUGCUGUUUAUAUAGGUUUUGAUUAAGCAGCCGCUGCAAGGCACAAGUCAAGCACAGGUGAGGGAGGCAUCUCAACCUGAAUUCAGCAUGCCGGAUAUCAAGAUAACUCCAUUGGGCGCCGGCCAGGAUGUGGGCCGCAGUUGUCUAUUACUUUCGAUGGGCGGCAAAAACAUAAUGCUGGAUUGCGGCAUGCAUAUGGGAUAUAAUGAUGAGCGUCGAUUCCCGGACUUCUCGUAUAUUGUUCCUGAAGGACCCAUCACCAGUCAUAUUGACUGUGUGAUCAUUUCACAUUUUCAUCUGGAUCACUGUGGCGCUUUGCCUUAUAUGUCUGAGAUUGUUGGCUAUACGGGACCCAUUUACAUGACGCAUCCAACCAAGGCGAUUGCGCCCAUUCUUCUCGAAGAUAUGCGCAAGGUUGCCGUGGAGCGUAAAGGUGAAUCCAAUUUUUUCACCACGCAAAUGAUCAAGGAUUGCAUGAAGAAGGUUAUACCGGUGACAUUGCACCAGAGCAUGAUGGUGGACACCGAUCUGGAGAUCAAAGCCUAUUAUGCUGGCCAUGUGCUGGGUGCAGCCAUGUUUUGGAUUAAAGUGGGCUCCCAGAGUGUUGUGUAUACGGGCGAUUAUAAUAUGACGCCGGAUCGGCAUUUGGGUGCUGCCUGGAUUGACAAAUGUCGUCCGGACCUGUUGAUCUCGGAGAGCACUUAUGCCACCACUAUACGGGACUCUAAGCGAUGUCGUGAACGUGAUUUCCUUAAGAAAGUCCACGAGUGUGUGGCCAAGGGCGGCAAGGUGUUGAUACCAGUGUUUGCCUUGGGCCGAGCACAGGAACUGUGCAUUCUACUGGAGACCUACUGGGAACGCAUGAACCUCAAAUAUCCGAUAUACUUUGCUCUCGGUCUGACCGAAAAGGCGAAUACAUAUUACAAAAUGUUUAUCACAUGGACCAAUCAGAAGAUCCGCAAAACCUUUGUUCAUCGCAACAUGUUUGACUUUAAGCAUAUCAAACCCUUUGACAAAGCCUAUAUUGAUAAUCCUGGCGCGAUGGUGGUAUUUGCCACACCCGGUAUGCUGCAUGCCGGCCUUUCGCUGCAGAUCUUUAAGAAGUGGGCGCCCAAUGAAAACAAUAUGGUCAUAAUGCCGGGCUACUGUGUCCAGGGAACGGUGGGUAACAAAAUCCUGGGCGGGGCAAAAAAAGUAGAGUUUGAGAAUCGACAGGUGGUCGAAGUGAAAAUGGCCGUAGAGUAUAUGAGCUUCUCGGCUCAUGCCGAUGCCAAAGGUAUCAUGCAGCUGAUACAAAACUGUGAGCCCAAGAAUGUAAUGCUUGUUCAUGGCGAGGCGGAGAAGAUGAAAUUCUUACGUUCCAAAAUCCGAGAUGAAUUCAAUUUGGAAACCUAUAUGCCAGCCAAUGGGGAAACUUGUGUCAUAUCUACGCCGGUUAAGAUACCUGUGGAUGCAGCAGUCUCGCUGCUGAAAGCCGAGGCACGCUCCUAUAAUGCCCAGCCGCCAGAUCCCAAGCGUCGGAGGCUUAUCCAUGGUGUUCUUGUGAUGAAGGACAAUCGAAUUAUGUUGCAAAAUCUUACAGAUGCUCUCAAAGAGAUUGGCAUUAAUCGCCAUGUUAUGCGUUUCACUUCCAAGGUUAAAAUGGACGAUCCGGGUCCAAAGGAACGCACCAUUGAGAAGUUGAAAUCAUUGUUAGAUGAAAAAAUGGUUGGAUGGACCGUUUUAAUGCAGGAGACGGGUUAUAUAACCGUUGAGACAGUUGAAAUUAGAGUAGAGGAGGAUGAGAAGGAUCAUAAGCAAAAGACCAUACUAAUUACCUGGACGAAUCAGGAUGAGGAUAUUGGUGCCUAUAUUCACAAUCUGUUACAGAAUAUGUGUUAGAGCCGUGGGAAGAUACUUCCCGUCCGGGCAUACAGAUGUGGUCAAUUGCGAUUCCAUAGUUUUUAAGCACAAAGGUUUCUAUUCUAUAUCUGAAAUGUUUACAAAUAAAAAUUUACAAUAUCGAAACCAUA